AUGUCAGCCGAGCAGGAGUAUAGGCAGCAACUGGAGAAGUCUAAGAAGGAGCUUGUAAAGAAGCUGGCUAUUCAGAUCAAGAGCGUCCAAACCAAGGAACCAGCAAACUUCUCCGCCGGGCGCGCCGGGCUCUCCAAAUUGCAGCAAGCACACGAGUCACUUAAAGUGGGCGGUGAGGCCAAGCGUUCCUGGUUAAGCAAGCUGAUGAAGAACAAGGCAGCGGCCCUGGAGCAACUUGGCGAAAAGCUGGCUGGUGGACGGUACCUGGCUCCCAUGAACCAAGAGACGGUGGGCGAGAGGGUGGAGGACUCGCUGGGACCCAACUUUGAUCAGUUUGGUAGCUUCCAAGGGGCACUGCAUCAAAUCAUUCAGACAGGCGUGGGCGACGAUGCCCUGGACCAAUUCUUCUUUGAUGAGGAAGAGGAGCGCGUGAUGACCACAUAUCAGAAGUGGCAGAUCAUCCGCCACGCUGCUGAGCAGGUGCUGGCGGUGUACGCUAACCGCAGCAACUCCCAAUGGAUUGAGGACGCGAGCUGGGCGGCGCCCCACGUCAUCAAUACCACCGCGGCGUCGGCGUCCGUUUACUCGAAUGCGGUCGACGCUGCGCUCACCCAAGGGUCCAUCGCGCUGUUCUUCAUCGACGACGGCCGCAUGAGCGAGAUGGGCGGUGACGAGGUGUCCCCCCUGGUGGCAACAGACCUGUGGCAGGCCAUCAAGGAGAUGGCGCCGAACAAGGCACGUCCCAUCCCCGGGGGAUGGGGGUCGUUCAGAAUGAAGGUGCCGUCCGGUCAGCGGUUAGAGCGGUUAUCGGUUGCAGGUCGCCACUUGCUGCACGCGGCGGUGUCGGUUGAGAUGUGGUACGGCGCAGUGGCGUUGCGGCAGACGAAGGUCGUCUUGGCGAUCGACUGCGAGUGCGAGUACUUCGUGGUGAACGAGCUGGCCAAAUGGAACUUCUUCGGACUGCACCACAGCAACGUGGUGCUGCUGCCGCUGCCUAGGUUCCAUGGCUUUGCGCAGGAUAUGCGGUCGGGCCACCUGGCGCACGUCAAGGGCUCCUCGAGACUGAUGCUGGGCACGGGCUACGCCAUGUUCUUGCUGAACUCCCCCGCGGAGGCCUACACGCUGUCCGCGGACGGCUCGGAGCCGCAGUGCUUGCAGGGCUCCGUGCUGGAGUGGCUCCUGGAGAAUAAGGCCUCCUGGCUGUACACAGGUCUGUUCAGCGACGUGGAGCGACUGCGGCCCGAAGCGCUAUUCGACAUGGACUUUCUCGCUGCGGGUCUAGCGGCGGUGGACAGGAUGGGAGCGAAUAUGGCGGUCGAGGUGGCGAUGGGUGAGCGGGAGCGGGAGGCACGACUGCACGACUCGCUGGUACUCGCCCGGGGAUCCGUCGUGGCCGCCUCCGCCGCUGCCGCCGUGAUGGGGACCGCCGCCGCUAGCGGCGGCGGCGAUGCCGUCGCCUCCGGCGCCAUCUCGCCCUCCGGUCCCACGAACUGCAACCUGCGGCCCAGCAGCAUGCGCACCGUCAAGAGCUACAAGCUGCUGCAGACGACUGCCAGCUCGCCUCACGGGUUCUACAUCGCCACGCACCGCUACGUAUUCAACGUCAGGGCGCUCCAGGGGAUGCUGGUCGACCCCGCGGCGUUCCAUGCGGACGUCUACCUGCAAGACUUCUACGCCUACGCCACCUUUGACAUCAGCGACCUGACCACUUUCCGUCCGGCCAACUGCGCCUGCAUCCUGGGUACCCAGGGCCUCAAGGCGCCCGUCAUGAGUGAGGUCAUAUACGGCAAGGAGUGGCUGGCACACACCGCCACCAUCCUGCAGCUGCAGGACGGCAUUAAGGAGUUCAGACGCAAGGCCGUAGAGCUGUACGACCACGCGAAAAUGAUGGCGGCGGCGGGACCGGCUUUGCGCACCAGCACCUUCAAGGAGAAGCAGGGUUACAAUGUGCUACUGGUGUUAACCCCGGAUCACGGCCGGUUAGUCAAACCGGCGUUGCGCAUGGCCCGACUGUUCGUACACAAUGUCGUGGACCGACUGCACGUGUACCUGAUGGUCACGGAAGCGGACAGCAAGACUCGCGCCCGGGAGCUUCUUGACCAGGUUACUGACAAGGAGCUGGAGUUCCAUCAGCAGCUGAUUCGGGAGGUGGUGGUGCGGCCCCUGGGGGUGGCCCUUGCGGAGGCGGUGCAGGGGCUAGUGCCCCGAGUGGCGGCGAAGAUGCUGGUGGUCCCCAGCGAGCGACUGUGCGUCGCAGGCGCAGCGGCCGAUUUGGGUCAGCUGGCGGGCAGCUCCGCUCUUUCGCUCGCCAAGUCCAUCACCUCUAUCCCGCUGCUCAUCGUGAAGGCCAACACGAUGCCGGGGGCGCCUGGUGGCCCGGCGAUCAGCGGCGGCGGCAGCGGGCCCCCGAGCGGAGGCCGAUCCAACGGCGGCGCUGCCGGGGGUUCGAUGCUGUCGGCGAGGGGAGCCGGUGGGACGUUGCAGAAGAGCUUCUCGACAGGGGGCCAGGCGGGUGCCCAGACCAAGGACGCGCUUUGCGCCAUGGUGCAUCUGGACUCUACCAGCGUGGGGCCGCUAGUGGAGUUUGUCAGCGGUGCCCUCACCACCGGCACGGACUCGCUGUACUUGGUCCGAAGCGCCGCCCUGGAGCGGGACGGACAGCUGACCAUGCGGUCGCGCCGCGUGUUCGUACAGGCGCGCAUGUCAGUGGCGCAGGCACUGCGGGUGGAGGAACGAGCGUAUGCGGGGUCGGCGGCGGUGGAGCUGCCAAAGGCUGUGGACACAGAGAAUGUGGACUUGCUGGCCCUCAGCUGCCCUGCCGACAUGAUCAUCAGCAAGGACACGGAACAGCUCCUGACGCUGUGCCGUACCAGCAUCCUGGUGCGGCCGUGGCAUGCACUGUCGGUAUCAAAGGGGGGCAUUACGCCAUGCGAUGCUUCGCCAGCCGGCGCUGUGGUGCCGGCACAGUCGUCCGCGACACGGCUGUACGACUACGGCUGGGUGGCUGUAUAG